UCCCUCUCUCCCUCUCUCUGCUUCUCAAAUCAGAUCUGACGAUUCAAACGCGACAGAUCCCAUCUUAUCCCGAUCCGAAACAAAAGUCUCUUCAAACCCUUCCUCCAUGACUGCCCCAAAACCCUAACAGACCCUUCAAUCCCAGCCACCCAAGAUUGAAGAAGAGAAUGGCGUGUUUGGCUCUCUCGCUCCAACCUACCAAUGGACCCGACAUCCUCCUCCAGACCCGAGAAUGGUUCCCCCCGGCCCGCGCCCUCUCCGCCCUUUCCUCUUUCCGUCAGACGCGUCUAUCGUUCUCUUCCGGUAAGAGCCCGAACCCGAACCCCAUCUUAUCUGACGCGGACCCCACCUCAUCCCUCGGCGACGAUCCCCUUGCCGCUUCCAGCGGCCAGAUCCUCAUUGGCCUGGAAUCCAAGUAUCGCGUCGUCUACCGCCUUGUGAAUUCCAUCUAUGUCCUUGCAAUCACCACUGCUGAUCUCUCCAACGUCUUCGAAUGCAUCGAGACCGUCAAUCAGGCCGUGUCCGUCGUUGUCGCCGCCUGUCGGGGCGUUGAAGUGACCCCUGAGAAGCUCCACCGCAAGUACGCUGAGAUCUACAUGGCGCUCGACAUCGUCCUCCGUGGCGUCAGCAGCAUCCGCCUUGCUACCAUCCUCUCAUCCAUCCAUGGCGAGGGAAUUGCCAAGAUGGUCCAUUCCGCGAUCGAUGCUGAGAACCGUGUCCGUGGGGCUGAGGUCUGGCCUGCCGUGGAGGGGCUGUCUACUGAGCACGAGGCCAAUGUGGAGCUCUUCUCGAGCGCGAGCUUCGAGCUGCCGCCAGAGACGCUGGCAGCCGGGGAUGAGAUUGCAGCCACGCUUGCCCCUGCCCCGGCCGACCCGCAGGACCAGCCGCAGCAGAAACCGGAAGAAUCCGUCCCUGAGGCGGAGAAAGACCCAUUUGCUGCGAGCAAUGUGAUCAACAAACCGGAAGAGCUCGUGGGUGGUUUCAAGAAGAGUAAGGACGGGCCUGCAGUGCCAUCUGAUGUUGCAACAGCGCUGGCUGGCCUCGAGGUCACGACGCUUCCGCCAGCUGCGGCGACCCAGUCGACGUUCAUUGGGGUGGAGGGUUUUGAAGGGGAUUAUGGCGGGAUUGAGUUCAGCAAUGAGGAGGCUACGCUGUCAGAAACUUUUGAAGGGCUAGACAAUGCCUUUGGUGGAGGCCUGGACGCGUCGGAGUUUGUGGGGUCCACGAAGCCUGUGAAGUCACAGGGGCUAAGUGGGCUAGAGCUGCUGCAAUCAGAUCAACCUGCCCCAACAACAGCUGUAUCCACUGGGGGUGCAGCUGACGCACUUGAAAAUCUUCUAGUAAAGAAAAUGCCCGAAAUGAAGGGCCCGGAAAUGUACAUUGCCGAAGAGAUCAGUGUAGAAUUCCGGGAAUCCCUGCUUGCCAGAGUUGGAUUGCAAGGCAUUGUGUAUUUGAAAACGCUGCCAAUGAAGGAAUCGGGCGGGAAAGAAACUGAAUUCUCUUUCCGAAUCAAUGGUACAACUGGGGUGAAGAGGGUUGUGAUGCAGGGCUCUCGGAUCAGCAGCCUUGGAGAUGGGCUGUUUCAUAUACGGACUGAAGCUGUUGAGGAGCCGGUGCCUAUCUUGAAGUACAGCUUGCAGCCUCGUUUCACCCCAAUUCCUUUGCGGGUCCGAUUGGUUCAGCGUCACAGCGGGACGCUGCUUUCUGUGAUGGUACAGUAUGCACCGAAUCCCGAGUUGAUGACACCGUUGCACAAUGUGACGUUUGUUUUGAAGCUGCCCGUGGACCCUACACUGCUUAAGGUGUCACCAAAGGCAGUUUUGAAUCGGGCAGAGAGAGAAUUGAGAUGGCAUGUUCAGGAUAUUCCUCUGAAGGCCCCGCCUGGAUGUCUAAGAGCACGGAUGCCCAUUGAUCCUAGCGAGCUGGAGUCAGGGGAAGAGAUCGAUGUUGUUGCUUUUGUGAAGUUCUCAGUGCAAGGAGCUAGCACGCUUUCUGGGAUUUCUCUAAGUCCCGUUUCCGAUGACAAGCCAGACUUCUACCAAGUGAAUCACAGGUACGCUAGUGGGAUUUAUAUGUGCAACUGACCUGGGUUAAAUGACUAUUUUCUUGUCCCCCUCUUGUUCUCUUAUCAUUUGUGGUUUUCGGAGAGGUGCGAUUGUGUCUGUAAUAUUUUGAACUGGGUUCGAUUUAUUCAUAUCCGGUUUGUUCUUAUAUAGAAACAUUUUUUGUUCUUUGUUGAUGUUUCUUUAGUUAGCCCAUUCAAUAAAUAGUACGUUUUGUGUUA